AGCAGCGCUGCCCCGCCGGGAGAGCCGCCAGCCUCGGGCUCUGGAUUACACCCAGCCGGGCACCGCGCUGUCGCCGCCGGCCGCCGAGGGACCGAGCGACACAGCUCCGCGCAGCUUUAUCGGGGAGCGGGAGCUCAGCGUGUUUGAGUUCAUUCAGCUACAACAUAAGAUUGAUUGCACCAGAUAUAAAAAUGACAAAAAUCUGGAUCACAUUUUUGCUGCUCUUCUUACUGGUUACUAUGUUCUUUGCCAGUGCUACUCCGGCUGAGGGACAUCAGAACACCACAAUGGACUUUGCCCAGCUGAGCGUUACACGGAAUAAAAUCAUGACGGCACAGUAUGAGUGCUACCAGAAGAUUAUGCAAGACCCUGUUCACAAGAAAGAAGGGCCUUACUGCAACAGGACCUGGGAUGGCUGGUUGUGCUGGAGUGAUGUUGCUGCCGGAACCGUGUCGGUGCAGCGUUGUCCUGACUACUUUCAGGAUUUCAACCCAUCAGAAAAAGUUACGAAGAUCUGCGAUCCAAAUGGGAAUUGGUUUAGACACCCAGAAAGCAACAGGACGUGGACAAACUACACCCAGUGCAAUAUCUACACACAUGAAAAAGUGAAGACUGCUCUGAACUUAUAUUACUUGGCCAUCAUCGGACACGGUCUUUCAAUUGCAUCACUUCUGAUUUCUCUUGGCAUAUUCUUUUAUUUUAAGAGCUUGAGUUGCCAGAGGAUUACCCUGCAUAAAAAUCUGUUUUUCUCUUUUGUUUGCAACUCUGUUGUAACAAUAAUUUCACUGACAGCCAUUGCCAACAACCAGGAGUUAGUCGCAACUAACCCAGUUAGCUGCAAAGUGUCACAAUUCAUCUACCUGUACCUCAUGGGUUGCAACUACUUCUGGAUGCUGUGCGAAGGCAUUUACCUGCACACUCUGAUUGUGGUGGCUGUUUUUGCUGAGAAGCAGCACUUGAUGUGGUAUUACCUUCUUGGCUGGGGUUUUCCACUGAUCCCUGCCUGCAUACAUGCCGUUGCAAGAAGUUUAUAUUAUAAUGACAAUUGUUGGAUCAGCUCUGAUACUCAUCUGCUUUACAUCAUCCAUGGCCCUAUUUGUGCCGCUCUCUUGGUGAACCUUUUCUUCCUGCUGAAUAUCGUUCGUGUUCUCAUAACCAAGCUGAAAGACACCCACAAGGCUGAGUCCAACCUGUACAUGAAAGCAGUGAGAGCCACCCUGAUCCUCGUCCCGCUCCUUGGCAUCGAGUUUGUGCUGUUCCCAUGGCGACCCGAGGGCCGGAUCGCUGAGGAGGUGUACGACUACGUGAUGCACAUCCUCAUGCACUACCAGGGUCUACUGGUGGCUACAAUUUUCUGCUUCUUUAAUGGCGAGGUGCAGGCCGUGCUGAGGAGGCACUGGAACCAGUACAAGAUCCAGUUUGAGCACAGCUUCAGCCACUCGGACGCCAUGCGCACGGCCUCCUACACCGUGUCCACCAUCAGCGACGUGCAGGGCUACGGCUACGGCCACGACAGCGAGCACCUCAACGGCAAGGGCUACCACGACAUGGACAGCGUGGCACUAAAGACUGACAAGCUCUACGGCUGAGGGGCUGCCCAGCUGGCAUUCAGUGACUUCAUGGCCAGAGCAUCUCACCUGCCUAGGGGUAUGGGAUUCUCCUGAAGGAUGCAAACUGAAGCAACGUGUUUCUCAUAGGUGUGCAUGUGUGCGUGUGUGUGUGUGUGUGUGUGUGUAUAUGCCCACGUGCAUAUAUACGUAUGUUUGUGUUUCUGUGUAUCUGUACAGUUAUGGACACCUGUACAUAUAUAUCUAUAUAUGUAUGUGCAUUUAUAUAAGGAUACAAACUUUGCCUCUUCAGUUUCUACUGUGUAGACAAAGUUGGCAAAUUUUUGUACAAAGGGAAUCAAUGAAGGAUUUCUUAUUUCUUUGGAAGUUUGUAUAAGACUGUGCUGUGUUGAAGCCACUUCAUUUGCCUAUAGAAUCUUAGAGUGUAAAUACCGUACUCUGUUGUCUUAAUUCAACCUAAAAUAGAGCAAAGCAAAAUGGUUUAAGUAGGUGCAAUAAUAACAAGAAGUUUUCCAGGUUCUUUUUUUUGUCCAGCAUUUUUUUGGCUGUCAAAAGAGCCUGACAGGUAGUCUGAGGUAACAUUCAAAGGUAGAUACUGCUGUUUUGGUUAAAGAGAUUGAUGUUUUGCUUUGGUCUGGCCAGUUUGUUUUCUUCCCACUGUUUUACACCAAGCACAGAGAUACCACUUCCAGUGUGAGCCUUGAUGUACUGCAAUGUAAUAUCUUCUGUACUUCUGUACUGCAAUGCAAUAUCUUGCAGCAAGAUUUGAGUAAUUUUAUUUAAGCUGUUUCAGGAUAUUCAGAAGUGUCUCCUUCUCCUGAGUUGUAUGGACGUUUCUUCUGGAUUUAACAAAGAAAAGACUGAUGAGACCUCACUGCCAGAGAGCAAAGGAGUAACCUGAGUCUCUGUAAGUCCCUCCAGACACUCAUAGUAACUGCAGCUGGGGGAACAUCACUGUGUGCUUAAGGAAUUUACUCAACUGGAGAAGAUCGUGUACAGAAUUUGUUGUAGCAUUGUUCUGAUUUUACUCUUACGUAUUUCCCUGGCCGUAUGCUUGAUAACGUGUUCCUUCAUUCUUGGGGCAAAUUUUUGGUUAAUUCUGUGGCUGUUUUUGUUGUCUGAGAUGAGCAUGCAAGACUGAACACAGUGCACAUAUAUACUACCUUUAAAGCCAGUAUAUGAGACUCAGAAUAAUCAAGCAGACUAAUGUUAGUAAUUCUCAUUUUUUUUUUGAAAAUCCAGUAUUAUAAAGGUUCAAAACUUUAUGGAUUGAGAAUUUCAAUAUUAUUUUGGAUUGGUUGAUUCUGAAUCUCUGUCUCAAUUAAUUAACUAAGAACAGUACUUUAUAUGCUGUUUCUUUGGUUCUGCUCGUGCAUAAAGGUCUCACUGAAAACUAGGAGGUUGUCCGGAACGUAUGGAGAAAUUGUAUCUUCAUAGAAAUUUAUAUUUUUGUUAAAUCUUUACACUUUAAAGAAAUAGUAGUUUUGUUAGGCGAAAUGAGAAAAAUGCUCAAGAAUGAGAGCAUGAAACGAGGUGAGUUCACUGAAAAUUAAAAAUGUAAGAAAAAGUUUUAUAUAUUUCAUUUACAGAUUAGUCUACUUGAACUGGGGAAAAAACAAAAUUAGGCAGAAGAAAAAGUAGAUACGUGUAACUCUGACAGACUGUUUUGCUAGUGCAAAAAAGUUUCUGGUGCAUGUAGUCCAGUUAAAAAAAAUGGAAGACAGUUCUUUCUGAGACCAGUUUGAAAUAAUUUUGCAUACAAAAUUCUUGUAUACAAAACACCUUGACUUUGACAUUAAAACAUUUUUGUCAGUAGCUUUUCUCUAUGUUUCAUUAGUGUCUAGGUAAUUUUUGGUGUUUAUUACUUUGUGACUUCAUAAGGUGUUAAAUGCUUUGUACUUAGAAAACAGGAGGAUGUGGCAAGUUCAUGCCACUGGCACCUUUCUUUAGUUUUUUCUACAGUUCUUAUGUCUGGAGUUUGAAUAUAGAAAGUGUUUUCUUAAUGAUUUAGUUUCACAAUAUAGAAUCUCAUCUAGGAUGCACACAUAAAGACUUCUCCUCUUCUGCAGGGCUUUGAUGGGAGGGCUUUGAAGAAUCUGUUGGAUUGUGUAGUGUAGAGUUCACUACCUUAUGAGAGCUGGCAAUCAGAGGUCACAGUCUCUGAAAUUUUAAGAGUGACAGUAACAAUGUCUGCUACACCAGGACUAGAGGUUAUUUACAACUCUGUUUGCUGAUCUUUAUAGUGUUACUUAAAAUCUGUGCAAUGUUCUGAAGACAUCAGUGGUGCAGAAAACCUCUGCUCCGGGUGUAGCACCUUUACAUUAGUGGGACCAGAGCACCAGCUGGUAUAGAUCUGUCUUGAGUUCCCUGUGCAGAAUCUGCAGGUGCCCCUGAGACUCAAAGCCCUGACAGGUGUCUGUCCAUUUUAUCAUGCUGGAAGCCAUUUAUGGCAGAUUAUUAGACAAUUAUUCCAUGGUGCCUGGUGGAGUGUUGUAAUUAACACAUAGGUGUUGGUUUAGAGUGUGAUACAGUAUUAGACUUUAAUUAGGCUUCACUCUCUGAGAGGCAGUUCAAAUUUAACAGGCUAUAGAUUUUAUCAUUUAAAACAUGUUUCUAAUUGCUCUCUGUCCUCUGUUAGAGAAACUUGUCAUGGUAAUUUAGGAGGGAAAAUGUUUUUAUACAGAAAUUAUCCUACUUCUACGUGGACAAUCACAGCUUCGUUCUAGGCACACACCCCAUCUUCACUUUGGAAAGAAACACAUCCAGCUUGAUGUGCAAGAAAAUCUCUCUGGCUGUGAAAGGUCACAUGGUAGAGCAGAGCUAUAUUUCCCCUUUCCUGCUGAGGUUAGAUAAUCUGUUUUCUAAUUUGCAUUGGAAAAUACCAAUUCCUUAUUUUGUUUUCCUACCUCACCUUUUUUUUUUUUUUUUUUUUUUU